GUCCCGCGCCGGGGCUGGCGCGGCCAUGUUUGCUUGGGGCGCCGUCCCCAGGGAUGGCCGGAGGAGCGGGAUUGUGUGUGGCGCCACACGGACAUCGACCUGCUUGUGGGUUCCCCGGGGGCUGCUUCCCUGCAGCCGUGGGCCAGACUUGGGGCUUUGAGUGAACAUGGACUUUCUGUGGUGCUGGGAUCGGGUGUCUUUUUGGUAAAACGGCAAACCAAGAGAAAACGUGGCACAAAACGCUACAGGUUUUGCUGCUGGAAGUGAUGAAAAUGCCAGCUACCAAAGGUUAAUUUCAGGAGUGUGGCUUCCCCAAAAAUGUGACGAAAAUAAGAGUGUAAAUACUAUUUUAUUUAUCGAUUUAGUUAAGACUAACAGUGAUGCUGACAUCUCAAGGGUCAUAAAAAUUAACAAUUUGCCCAGGAAUUUCCAGGAAAUGAGGAGGGGGUUGUGAAGCGGAGUACUGCCUAAUUGUCGCAAAAAUACGGAAUAUGUAAAAAUUCUCUUAAGAAAGGAUGUUCUUUGAUGUUUGAUCUUUGUAUACUUUCAAGCCUAAUCAACAACAAGAGAGAUUUAAUCUGUGAAACCCAGGGCAGCUAACAAGCAAGCUCUAAGUGAUGUCCAGGUGCUAGAAAGACAAAUUACUUGUGACUAGAAUUACCUUGUUAGGGCUCGACAUGUUUCAAUAACCUCACACCUCAGGGGAGGUUAACAAAGCUUGGGGGAGAAGGAUGUACCUCUGAUAGUGGACACAAUGCAGAAUUUAUGGGCCACAAGGACAUUUGGCAAGAACUGCCAAGAUAAGGAAGAAACUAAUACAGACAACUCGGCAACUGUGUUGGAUCAGCUUGCGCAGGAGCCGGUAGGAAUACAUGGCACCCACACUCAAUGCAGAUACAUGUGUAAGAGGCAGCUCAGCCUCCCUCCUUGCACUGUGCCAGUGUUAAACUGCUUGUCAGACUGCAGAAUUGAGGUGAAGACAUCAAUGAGAGAUCGGGGACUACUACAGCAUUCAUUGUUCAAGAAGCAAUUACAUUUACCUUUUGGACUGAGUUGUGUGUUGAUAUGAUUUUUCAGAGAACAUCCUGCAGUGACUGCUAAGUUUUUUCUUUGAGUUCUAAUAACUCAUCUGGAGUACAUCCCUCUGUGUGUAUAGUUACAGUUGCCUUUCCAAGUUCAGUGAUUCACAAUUAGCAAUACUAAAUUUUACCUACCUCUUUACUGUGCUGUCAUUCAGUGUGCUACAGUUCUCCUAUGGUCCUUCUAGGAUGAGCGAGUGGCAAAGGGCCAGCUGUUGUAAGGCAUGUGAGAAAAAAUGCGCAAGCAGCACCAGGACUCCAGGAAUACACCUCACAUCCAUUUCCAUUGAGACUUAACCAGCAGAGAACAUAACAUUCUUUUGCCUGGUUCAAACAGGCAUCUCUGGACCAAGAAAUUAUAAAGCACUUCUGAUAAAAGCUAAACGUUUUAAUUUUUUUUACCUUUUUUUUUUUUUUUUUAAGAAUUCAGCAGUGAGGUUGAAAUCUUGAAGUAGAACAUAUUUAAAAUCAGACUAUGAAAGCAAUGAAGGAUCCAUAUUUUUCCCACACAGAAAUUUUCAAUGAACAAAAAACAAGGAACAGCAGAAAUCUUGGAUGGAACUCCACAAUGUGCAAUUAUGUGAGGUGUGCAAGUAGGGUAAAAUGCACUGUUCAUGCCAAUCUGUAGGUAGCCUCAUAAUAAACCAUGCAAAAGAAUCAUUUGGGCUUUUGCUUUGCCUAUUUAAGAAAAAAUAAGGCAUUGCCCAGGAACCUACUUCAUUGUACCCAACAUUUGGAAUUUUCCUUUUCUGCGCAGAAGGUACAGGGGAAACCAGUCUCACAAAAUUACUCUUUAGAUAACUUAAGAAUUAUGAGCAUUUUUACAAAACAGACCAUAUAAUAUUUCAAAUGAUGUUUCUUUCACUGAAAAAACUGACCCAAACACUCAUCCAGUACUGAGAUCCUGUUAUUGUGAAGGGCUAUUUUUUGAUUAUGUAGGUUUUAUGUUGGUACCAGUUUUGCCAGGCUUUGUUCCCUACUUGGUGUCCAAAGCUUGUGCUUACCUGAGCUUACUCAACACUGCAAAGAAAUGCCCUGGAGUCAUUCAGUGAAUUUUUUAAAGAGGGAAAUAUGGGGAGUACCAGGGCAACCCCGUGGGUACUUCAUGUUACUGGAGAGUCCCUAAAUGCACAGUUGUGAGGAGGAAAGCAAGUACUUAGCAAGGCCUGGCCACCAGACGACUGCAGUGUGCCUUCUAGAGAUACAGGUGACAGAACUUUGCUCUGUCGUGGUUUCUUUUCCAGACCAAAACCAAAACACUGAGGCUGAUUCUUGAAUGUCUGGGCUUUGUCAUUUCUGCUAGCAGUCUUGAUUUGCCAAAUUGUGAGGGGCAAUCUCUUGCCCUAGAGAUCUUUUGUUCUUAUCGUCUUGCCACAUUUUGUGCAAUCAGCAUUUCAGUUAACCACUUCUAACUUUCUGUCAGUCAAGUUCCUUCUUAAAAAAUAGAGUUUAAAUACCCUGAAAUGUAAAAGUCCGAUUAAAAUCCCUUUGACAUGACCAGUCAUGGUUUGCUGAAUACAAUGUUCUAAGAUGUCUCAAGAUGGGACAGAAGCUGAUCUGGAUUGAUAAGAAUCCUAGAAAAAUGGGAUUAACUAGGUGAAUAUGCUGAACUCAUAAAACAUGGAAGUGGCUACAAGACAACAGGUCAGACAUUUGACAGUGACAUGGCAGAGUUUGGAAUUAUGAAUUAUAUCAAAUGUCAGUACUAUGUCAACAGGCAAGAUGUCAUUCAGUUGUCUUAUGGAAACUCUAGUGAAGUAUAGGUCUGUGCACAUUAUUCCUUUGCGUUCUCUUAAUGUUUUAUUUAGGCUACUAUUUUAUUUUGACAGUAUCAGGAUAACUUCUUUUGGUUUGACUGUUUAUUUAAAGAGCAGAUGAUAUCUAAAACUUUAAAUAUGAAUCAUUCUAAGCCUUUCCAUCAGGGCGAAAGAACACACUUGGCACACACAUACAGGAAACAACAAGCGGUUCCUAAAAUGUCAUGUGAGUUUCUUUUUUCAGUAACUCCAGGGACAGGACUGAUGGUACUUGCUCCCUGACACACUGAAAUAACUUCACUCAGCUGCAGAAUGCCUCAGCUCCUGGGCAAUAGCAGUUCAGAGGAACAGGCUGCUGUAUAUUAUGCAUCGGUAUCAAUUGUCUCCAUUGCUAUCUUCACCAUCGUUUUCAUCACAGGUGUCCCAGGCAAUGGAUUGGUAAUCUGGGUAGCUGGUCUGAAAAUGAAAAGGUCUGUGAACACUGUGUGGUUCCUAAACCUUGCUGUGGCUGAUAUCAUGUGCUGCUUGUCCUUGCCAUUUUUCAUUGUUCACCUGGCCCUCCAUGAACACUGGCCGUAUGGUUGGUUCCUCUGCAAAGUCAUUCCAUCAGUCAUAAUCUUCACCAUGUUUGCCAGUGUCUUCCUACUCGUGGCCAUCAGCAUCGACCGGUGCCUCCUUGUCAUGAAACCUGUCUGGUGUCAAAACCAUCGAACAGUGAAAUUUAUAUCGCUAAUAUGCGGUGGCAUUUGGAUCCUGGCCUUCAUUUUCUGCUGUCCUGUCUUCUACUACCGUAAGACAAGCACUUACGAUGGCAAAACUGAGUGUGGGUACAGUUUUGGAGACGAUCAGGUGCUAGAUUAUAUAAAUGAGUCUGUAAAUGAGUCAUGGGAAGAAUACUCACCUCUAGCCUACAACGGUAACGACUUGUUGGGAAAUACCUAUGAGGGUGAUUAUUCUGUACCCCUUGCCUUAGUGGUAAUAAAUGUCACUAGGGCUGUCUUCGGCUUUGUGCUCCCCUUUGGCAUAAUGGCAGUUUGCUACGUCCUUAUCGUUUUCAGAACUCGCGCAAAUCAGUUUAGCAAACCGCACAACAGGAUGCUGCGAACAAUUGUGCUCGUGGUAGCUGCGUUCUUCACCUGCUGGGCUCCAUACCAUGUAGUUGGGAUUCUCUCCCUUGUACCUAGUCUUAGAACAGGUCCGACGGAAUCACUGAUCCUGUGGGAUCACCUUUCUACAGCACUUGCCUAUGCCAACAGCUGCAUCAACCCCCUGCUCUAUGUUUUUGUGGGACGGGACUUCAGGGCAAAGGUACGUCAAUCAGUGCAAGCAAUCUUGGAAGGUGCCUUGAGUGAUGAACUCUCAUGUUCAACCCUUCACAGAAGCCAGACUUCAGCAGAGAAGAAUAUUAGCAGCACAGUGUAAUGCAGGACUUCCUCUCACCAUUGCAGAAAGACCAAGCUAUGGCCCUGCACAUCAAUCACUGUUUAACAGCUGUUUUUGCUCUAACACAUUUCAUUAGCCUGCAACUCCACACCCAGGACACUGUAUGGUUCAGAUCAUGACAAGUAACCCCUUUACAUCCUACUCUAGAGAUGGGAAGUUGGAAGUACCAAGAGUGAGGGAAGACUGGUGAAGCAGAAGAGAGAGAAUUUUAAACCCUAAAGAAGAAAGCAGGGCUGCAGAAUGUGGUGGGAUCAUGUAGCUGAACCUCUGAAUUGAGAUGUUAUUUUAUUUCCAUAUGUCUGUGUUCUACAUCUCCUGUCUCUGAUAAACUGCAGAUAAAACUCACUUUGAUGUCUCUCCUCA